CUAGAUUCUAGAGUUUAGCGCUUCGCGUGGAAUUGGCAUAUAUAAUUAUUUAUUGUUCUUUAUUUUCCCUUCUGCAUCCUCCUACUUAAGUUCAACUUAUUGGCUGAAACUGCCCAUAUUUUAAGCUGCCCUGUUCUACCUUCGUCUAUAUAUCGCUAGAGGUAUCUGCUCACAAGCAUUAUCAUGACAUUUCGUUCACGACCGACUGACUUCGAUGCCCGAUUCCUCCGCCGCCUCGUAGGGACAAAGGUCACUACUUUUGAUGACCUCGACCCGCAACGGCCGUCUGCUCCCUCAGCGGUCUCCCGAUCGUGGAUUAUCACGGAAAAGCUCGGGGAGAGAGCUGCUUAUCUCUCACAGGAAGAUAUCGACAGAGUCGUCGGGUCUCCUAUGACUGUUGGCAAAUUUCUGUGCCACCUAGAGGAGGACCCGACGCAGAUAGCCUUCAUGCGAAUAUAUUAUCAGAUUCCUUAUACUGGCACGGAGGACGCUGAUCUGGCUACACUAGCCCAACAAGUCAAACCUCCUCAACCGCGUGGUGAACUAGAGGCGUUUAGGCUACUGAUGCGUCACGGCUGUAGCUCUGUUCCACGUUUCCUUGGUUAUUGCAGAAGAACACAAGAGGAACAUGAGCUCGUCCCUGGUGGCUUUGUCGAAUACCUCGUAUGGGAAAAGGUGCCUGGGGAGCCUCUUACACAGGAAUAUUUCUGGAGCUUGGAUCCCCUUGUACGACAAGAUAUUCGCGCCAAGUUUCGUGUUGCCUUUGAAGAGAUGCUGCGUUGCGGUGUAAAACCACAGUCGUCGCGUACCUCGAAGAUCAUAUAUGAUAAGUCCACUGGCAAUGUUCGCAUUUCGGGUUUUCGAGGAGUAUGGCCAAGCGUUGGUAAACUUCAAUGGUCAGACAACUUAUAUGUCGCAUACGGGCUGGCUCGGCCUCGCGAAAAUGGGGAGUGGCGUGAUCUCCCGGAGAAAUGGGAAUUCUGAAAGGUCAGCAAUAAAUGUUGCAGUUAGUGAGCAUCAGAUUAAGAUUAAUUCGCUGCUCUCCGUCAAAAGUGCGUUGAGAUAUUCGCGUUUUAAAGUUUCAAAUGCCUUAGCAAAGGUCGUGCAUCAGGUGAGACCGUGCACCGAGUGAUUAGGUCCAGUAUGCUAUUUGAAACUGUAAGCGAAUUGAGCUAUACAUCUAACGAAUGUCCGAAUGUAGUGAAUUCUUCUAAAGCUCACAAUACUAUUACCAUUGGGGACUUUCUGUCUUGAACUACGACCACUACGAUUAAAGAAGGCACUAAGGAUAAUCUCCUAAUGAAUGCAUCGAGAUCAUAUCAACGCUUAUAUGUACCGUAUUGAAACCAACUUUACUGCAAGCUGGCU